CAACACACACCAAACACCCCUUCCUUCGAACAUCGAAGCAGCUAGCCCUAAGGUUCCCCAGACGGCCAGACCCAAAACCCAACUUCGUCGCCGGAACCGCCGCCGCCGUUCGUGGUUGUCUGCGUCUUCGCGGCCUCCUCCUUCCCCUGUCCCAAAGGCAUACGGCCAGAGCUUCUCUUCUAGCUCGGCGCGUCAUCCAUUCUGCCGGUGAAGUUGCUGUUCGAGGCUUCCAGCUGCUGCGCCGUCGUCUCGCCGUUGACGUCCUGCUGUGGUGGAAGGAAAGAGAUGAAAGAGAUAUUGUUGACUGAAUGACAGUGUUGUUAUGAGACAAAAAUAAACCAGUGAACCAGUGACUAGAGCGGUUCAAUGACCGGUCCGGUUCUCAGAACCUUGUAUCUCUCUGAACUCUGAAGCAAAGUUCAAAAUCACCCAACCAAAACCCUACAUUCUCCCUGCAACGGUUCUGCCGCAGUGCCGCCGCCGUCCGUGCUGUCGGCGCCUCCGCGUCCUCUCUUGUAGCUCGGCGUCCUCCUUUCCGCUGUCCCCGUCCUCCCUGGCUUCUCUGUUCGAGGCUUGGAGCAGCUCGCCGCCGUGUCGCCGGUCGCCGUCUGUGUCUCCGUCGAAGUAAGGCAUGGGGAAGCAAGGAGGAGGAACUAAAAACCCGGCUUGUCAGCCUAACACUCCUGUAUCACUCAGGGAAGAAGCCACAGGAAAAAUACAUAAAAAGCCAAGAGCCACCACCAGGUCAUUAGUGGAGGUUGAGCACUUGGAAAAGAUUGCAGUUUGGGCCUCUCAUGAGGCUCAGAUACCGUCUUUAGGAGCUUUCUAUGGGCAGCGUUUGGCCACUGUUGCCGAGGCCAAUGGAAUAACGCCUGAUUCUUCUUUGAUAACUUGCCAUAGAUGUGAAACUGUUCUUCAUCCUGGCAUCAAUUCAACUGUGAGAAUUGAGAAGAAUAGAUCAAAGCACAGGGGCAAGCAUAAACACAGUCAAAACAAUGUAGUGUACAAGUGCCAUUUUUGUUUGCAUCACAAUGUGAAGAGGGGGACUCCUAAGGGACAUAUGAAAGGAUUAUGUCCAUCUAAAACCAAAAUGUCAUCGGUAUCAACACCAGCAACAAAACCCAUUACACAUGAGUCUUCAAAAUCGGGGAAAGGCAUUAUAGGUGAAGACAACACCAAAGAAGCAGAUGCAUUUGCUUCAUCAGUUACAGAUAAAGAUGUCUCCGUUGUAGAUAGUCCAGCCACCCCAUCAAGUGUAAGUGCCACAACCUCAAAGAAAAGAAAGUCUAAGAAGACACUUGAAGCUUCGAGUGCGUCUGUUGAAUCAGAAGCAUCGAAAACUCAGGGCACAGCAAGCAAAAAACGGAAAAGAUCAUGGACUAGCUUAAAGAAACUUGUGCAGAGCAAUGACCACGACAACAGUGAUGAUGCUAAUUUGAAAAUCCCAUCCUUUUAUAAGUAGGGAAGUUAUAAAUUUUGUUAUCGAGUUGGUUCUCUUGCUUGGAGGUCAUUAUUUCCUCUGCUAGAGUUGCACUUUCUAAUUGUUUUCUAUGGAGGAAUUUUGUUUUCUAUGGAUAUUAAUAGAUCUGCCAAUAGAUCUUUUUUUUAUUUUCCUUUUUUUUCUUCUCCGGCAGUGUACUUUGCCCGAGUGAGGAGCAAUAGUUUGAUAAUAGCUAUGAUAUUUUUGUAUCUUGAAGGUGAUUCUGAGUUCAAAAUAGACGGGAAAUUGGGGAAUAAAAUGGGAUGGCUAGGUUGUUGUUUUAA